UUUACGACAGGUAUUUUACGGCAGUAUUUGACAGACGCGGCGCGGGUUUUGUAAACAUGUCGCCGGCGCAUCACCACCCAGCAUGACGCUUUUACUAAAGUUUUAAUACGAUAUACCUCCUACUUUAGAUGGCCUUUUUUCCUUGAGACAUGUUAUUUUUUUAGCUGUCAAACCACUCUACUGCGGUCGUAUUUACUAUGACAACUUUUACUUAACGUUCCGUAGCGUUAGCCUCCAGCUAGCGGUCCGAGGAGGUUGAUGGAGCUCAGAGGUCCGGCUCAGUGACAGGCAGCGCCUGUUGACCUCUGUACUGCAUGUUAGGACGUUGGCCGGCGGGGAGAUCUUGGCUUCGGACCGGACUACAGCACCUAAGGACCCGGUGGUGCUCGACCCGUGAGGAGGGUCCGCAGCGGCCGGCGGACGACAUGAUCCGGCGGACUCCGAUCCAGCGGGUCCUCUGCGUGGCGGAGAAGAACGACGCCGCCAAGUGCAUCGCCGAGAUCAUGUCCGACGGGAGGGCGAGGAGGCGAGAAGGAAUGUCAAAGUUUAAUAAGAUCUACGAGUAUGACUAUCAUCUCUUCGGACAGAAUGUCUCCGUGUCCAUGACGUCAGUAUCCGGACACCUGCUCGGUUUGGAGUUUAAAGCCCCGUUCCAAAAAUGGCAUAGCUGUAACCCAGUGAUGCUGUUUGAUGCUGUGGUGGAGAAGUAUUGUCCUGAAAACAUGGUCCAAAUCAAGCGCUCCCUGGAGAAGGAGGUGAGGUCUGUCCAGGCCCUGGUGAUCUGGACCGACUGCGACCGCGAGGGAGAGAACAUCGGCUUUGAGGUCAUCGACGUCUGCAAAGCAGUGAAACCCAGCCUCCAGGUGUUCCGCGCUCGGUUCUCUGAGAUCACCCCCAACUCGAUCCGCCGCGCCUGCGAGGCGCUCACCGUGCCGGACGCCAACGUCAGCGACGCCGUCGACGUCCGGCAGGAGCUGGACCUGAGGAUAGGGGCGUCCUUCACACGAUUCCAGACCAUGCGUCUCCAGAAGAUCUUCCCGACGUCGUUGGCCAAUCAGCUCAUCUCCUACGGCAGCUGUCAGUUCCCCACGUUGGGCUUCGUGGUGGAGCGCUUCAAGGCCAUCCAGGCCUUCAUCCCAGAGACCUUCUACAAGAUCAAAGUGCUUCAUGAGAUGGAGCAGGAGGAGAAGGUGGAGUUCACCUGGAAGAGGAACCGGCUCUACAACCACACGGCCUGCCUGGUCCUCUACCAGAUGUGCAUGGAGGAUCCCAUGGCAACCGUCACCUCGGUAACGAGUAAACCUAAGAGCAAGUGGAGACCGCUCCCGCUGGACACAGUGGAGAUGGAGAAGCUGUCGUCUCGGAAGCUGAAGAUAAACGCCAAAGAGACCAUGAAGAUCGCCGAGAAGCUCUACACACAGGGGUUCAUCAGCUACCCCCGCACAGAGACCAACAUCUUCCCCAAGGACCUGGCCCUCGGGCCCCUGGUGGAGCACCAGACCCAGAGCCCCUCCUGGGGGGCCUUCGCCCAGAGGGUCCUGGAGCAGCCCGGGGGCCCCAACCCCCGGCAGGGCAAGAAGACGGACCAGGCCCACCCCCCCAUCCACCCCACCAAGUACGGCGCCAACCUGCAGGGGAACGAGGGGCGGGUCUACGAGUUCAUCGUGCGCCACUUCCUGGCGUGCGUCUCCCAGGAUGCCGUGGGGCAGGAGACGGUGGUGGACAUCGACAUCGCCCACGAGAGGUUCUCAGCCUCAGGGCUGAUGAUCAUCGCCAGGAACUACCUGGACGUGUACCCCUACGACAGGUGGAGCACCAAGGUGAUCCCAGUGUACCAGCAGGGCUCCCAGUUCCAGCCCACCGCCAUCGAGAUGGUGGACGGCCAGACCAGCCCCCCCCAGCUGCUGACGGAGUCCGACCUCAUCGCCCUGAUGGAGAAGCACGGCAUCGGGACGGACGCGACCCACGCCGACCAUAUUGAGACCAUCAAGAGCCGCAUGUACGUGGGGCUGACCGCCGACCAGCGCUUCCUGCCCGGAGAGCUGGGCAUGGGCCUGGUGGAAGGCUACAACUCCAUGGGCUACGAGAUGUCGAAGCCCAACCUGCGCUCGGAGCUGGAGGCGGACCUGAAGCUGGUCUCCGAGGGCAGGAAGGACAAGACCAGCGUGCUGAGGAACUACAUCCACAAGUACAAACACGUGUUCCAGGAGUCUGUCCGCUGCGCCAAGAAGCUGGACGAGGCCCUGGCCCCCUACCUGGGAGCGGCCCUGGAGUUCACGGAGGCCCAGCAGGAGGCGCUGGAGCUCCCCCUGCCCGUCCGCCGCUGCCCCGGCUGUGGGCGGGACAUGGUGCUGAGGACCAAGAGGGAGGGCUCUGGGAAGUUCAUGUCCUGCACGGGCUACCCAGAAUGCAAGGCGGCGGUGUGGUUCCCGGACACGGUGCUGGAGGUCAGCCGUGAUGACAGCGUCUGUGACACCUGUCAGCCCCGCCCGGUUCACAU